UUCCCAUCCACUUCACUUACAGACAAACAAAGAUGUCAACUUUAAACAAAAUCUUUUAGAGACAAGCAGACUGCUAUCAAUGGACACCAAGGAAUUCCAUAUUCCUCUGCAAAUCCCUCCUCCCAAACGACAACAAAUUGAUGCAGACAAAACCAACCUCUUGUUUUAUCACCAAAGCAGCCAUGGAAAUGCCUUUCAAGUUUACACCUUUAUUUUCAAUGACUCUAUACCUCAAACCCUGCACUUCAACCGCUUUGAUGGAUUAAGGGAUUCUCUGUGUCUGCAAGACUUGAACUUUUUUUUAUGGGUUUUUGAUGAAUUUCAAAACCCAGUUGGAGAUUCUAACUUAGUUGUGUGUUUUGAUAAGGAAUUCGACUUUUCUGGAUUCUCAUUUCAGGACAUAUAGUUCAGAUUUUGAAGUUGAUGGAAGGAAUGGGUCAAGAGGAGGGAUCAUCUUCUGUAACUUCUUCACCACUUCAGUUCUUCUCCAUGAUGUCACUGUCACCUGGUAUUGGCUCACCGUACCCUUGGCUGCGGGAACUGAAGUCAGAAGAUAGGGGCUUAUGUUUGAUUCAUCUUCUUGUUGCUUGUGCCAAUCACGUGGCCGCUAAUAACAUUGAGAAUGCAAAUAUUGGCCUUGAGCAAAUUUCCCACCUUGCAUCUUCUGAUGGUGAUACCAUGCAACGGAUUGCUGCUUACUUCACUGAGGCUUUUGCUGAUAGGAUGCUCAAAGGAUGGCCCGGUCUGCACAAAGCCCUUAAUUCGACGAAAAUAAUAUCUAUAUAUGAGAAAAUUCUUGUUCAAAAAUUGUUCUUUGAGCUGUGUCCUUUCCUAAAGCUUGCUUAUGUCAUCACAAAUCAAGCAAUUGUGGAAGCCAUGGAAGGGGAGAAGAUGGUACAUAUCAUUGAUCUCAAUUCUUUUGAGCCUGCUCAGUGGGUUAACCUUCUUCAAACAUUAAGUGCAAGGCCAGAAGGACCACCCCAUUUGAGAAUUACUGGCAUUCAUGAAAAAAAGGAGGUGUUAGAGCAGAUGGCUCUCCGGUUAACAGGAGAAGCUGAAAAAUUGGAUAUUCCAUUUCAGUUCAAUCCCAUAGUCAGCAAACUAGAGAAUCUUGAUAUCGAGAGUUUGCGUGUCAAAACAGGUGAAGCACUUGCUGUCAGUUCUGUACUUCAGCUACAUUCUCUCUUGGCAAACGAUGAUGAUAUUCAUCAAGGGAAGUCACUAUCCACGUCAAGUAACUUGCGAAAAGUGUUGCAAGUGAACCAGCGGACUUUAGGAGACUGGCUUGAGAAAGAUGUCCUUGUGUAUAGUCCAACUGCUGAUUCACAGAAAAUGGGAAGAUUUCUUAGUGCCCUUUGGGGCCUUUCGCCAAAACUAAUGGUAAUAACUGAACAGGAAUCAAACCAUAAUGGAUGUACAUUAAUGGAGAGGGUCAUGGAAGCACUGUACUUUUAUGCUGCACUGUUUGAUUGCUUGGAGUCCACUGUAUCUAGGUCAUCAGUAGAGCGACAAAAGGUGGAAAAGAUGCUUUUCGGAGAGGAGAUUAAGAAUAUCAUAGCAUGUGAAGGUGUUGAAAGAAAAGAGAGACAUGAGAAACUGGAAAAAUGGAUUCUGAGGCUUGAAUUAGCUGGGUUUGGGAAGGUACCUUUGAGUUACCAUGGAAUGUUGCAAGCAACAAGAUUGUUGCAGAGCUAUGGAUACGAUGGGUAUAGGAUCAAAGAUGAGAAUGGAUUUUUACUUAUCUGCUGGCAAGAUAGACCUCUCUUUUCGGUUUCAGCCUGGCGAUUCAGAAGGUACAAUUAAGGUUAUAGGCUUUGUUUAUGGGUUCGCCUCUUUUUUCUUUUUCCCUAAAAAUUUCUUUUUGCUUUUGUAUAAAGGAUCUAACUUUUCACUUUCCCAUAAAUUGCAUAGUGUUCCACUGAUAAUCUUGAA